CCAGCCCCGGGGGAAGGAGGCGCGCCGCGAAGCGUGGAGGGCUACAAGUGCUUCUCGCGGAGACUUUGGCGGAGCAACCGGGGUUGGCCGCGAUCGCCCCGCCGGGGCCUGCAAACUGGGGGGAGAAGAUUGGAAAAAGAAUAGAUGUCAGAGGGAAUUUGUUUAAUUGGGUCGCGGCUGACAGAAUCCCAGCAAAAUACUGGCCGGAGUGCAAGAGAGGUCCUUUGUGGGCCGUGCUGUCAUUGGGUGAUGGCGGAAUUUGCUGACGGCUGGAUUCGUUGGUGGUAGCCCCUGUUGGGUUCACGGGGCGCUCCAAUGGCUUCCGUGGAACUUCUGCGUCUCGCCGAGGAGGGUGAGCGGUCGGAGCUGCGCCGCAACGGGGAUUGGAGUUUGGAUGCUGUCCCGAGUCAAGGCCAGCCCAGGGAAAGUGAGGAGAGGACUAGGAUGUCAGCCACGGCCACGGAAUCUUCUAGGAGACAUGCUGAAGCUGCGGAAAAGACAACCACAGCCGAUCCUGUGAAGGACCUUGUCUCCUUCAGUUCCCCAUUACCCCUCUCCCAGGAGUACUCAAUGGUAGAUGGCACCAUCUGCUAUCCCGGCCACUCCAAAGAAGGAAAGGAGGCGCCCCAAAAGAAAGCCUGCUGCUGCGAAUUGGAAACCUCUUUCACUCAUGUGGAUGAAAAUGUCAACAAUCUAGAGCACGGGAGAAAUCUUACUGAUAAGAGCUGUUGCCAAGACCACGAUCUCCUUCCCUACCCUGAUCCAUGUGGAGAUAUACCCCUGGAGUGGCCCUAUGAUCCCCCCUCCCUCGUUUCCGAGGAAGAUGAUGACACCGGCUCGGAAGCUGCUGGAGGGAAGUCUGUAGACUAUGGCUUCAUCAGCGCCAUCUUGUUUCUGGUCACUGGGAUUUUGUUGGUGAUCGUGUCCUACGUGGUUCCUCGAGAUGUGACCGUGGACCCCAGCACGGUGGCGGCCAGGGAAAUGGAGCGGCUGCAGAACGAGAGCGCCAAGAUCGGGGCUCAUUUGGAUAGGUGUGUGAUCGCCGGGCUCUGCCUUUUAACCCUGGGGGGCGUGGUGCUGUCUAGUUUGCUCAUGAUAUCGAUGUGGAAAGGAGAGCUCUACCGAAGGAACAGGUUUGCGUCCACCAAGGAGUCAGCCAAGCUGUACGGCUCCUUCAAUUUCCGAAUGAAGUCUUCCACCAGUGAUAAUAUAGAAUUAUCAUUAGUUGAGGAAGACACUCUCAUCAUAGAUAGCUAAGACAUCCAUGAUGUUAAGUUGGAAUGGGGGAAAUUAUAUUAAGCAGAACAGAUGAUACUUAAGGCACCAGAAAAGGAGCGUUGUCAUCUAACCUGAAAUGGAACAUUUGCAUUAUUCGGGCAUGUGUUAUUGUGUGAAAUGAUGACAGGGAUAAAUAUGUGGAUAAUACAGACUCUGGUUUGAAUUUAGAUUGACAGAGAAGGGCUAGUUCCAGGAAGGGCUGAAAUCCUGAACUUGCUGGGAAGUAGAUUCCGUUGAAAUCCAUGAGGCAUAGGGGUCGCUCCCAUUUGUACAGUUUUUACUUGGUGAAGGAACAGCUUGCACGUGUGAAUGGGCCCUUGGAAAGAGAGUGUUCCAGAGAUCCAACAUCUGUAUUUCCUUGCUUCACAUGUAUUCAUUCUCAGUGGGGCCCGUUCACACCUUAAGAUGCGAGGAACUAAGUAGACAGUCCUAAAGGGGCAGAGAUUUUCAAGCGAUGGACGUUCAUGUUGUGAACAAGACCCUGAUGAGCGAAGUUGCCUCCUGUGCCUUUUUUACUUGACUCAUUCAUGCAUGCCUGUUGUCACUUGAUGUCACAGUCCUCUGGCUGCAUCGCUAACAGCUGACUGUGGCAAAGCGAGGCUUUCAAAGUGAUCCCGAAGCUCUGCCUUUGGUGUUAAACCCCCUGAUGGCUCCUUCCCAAAUACCAGUGAUAAAUAUUCAUGUGUGAAUUCAUGCCCCUGCUUCCAAGCCUUUGUGCUUAGGAUUCCAAUCGCAACAGAACCGUUGGGUUUUCACAUUUGAAACGGAAAUGCAUGACAUUUUGGGACGUUUAGAAUAUUAAUUGCCAGCUGUCCCUCUGGUUGAACGUACCAGGAAACCUUUCAGAGCUACAGAAAUGCCCCUGGCAUCAGAUGGCUUGACUGGAAAUAACUCUUUUUAUAACAGGUACAACCAAAGUUUGUGAAUAAUGCCAGAUUUUGCAAACUUUCUUGUGGUACGCUAAAAUAUUGCCUGUGACAUCUUUUUUGUGUAGCUCAUCUCUCUCUCUCCCUCCUUUCCACCCACUCUUCAUAUAAAGUAUUAAUACUGCCACUUUAAAAAUUGUUACGGCCCACAUGCAAGGUUAGCGAUAGACAAUGUGAUAAUAUGUGAAGAGGGACCAAUAAUCAGUCACAAGUGCUGCCAUUUGGUAUUUCAUUGAUUUGGAGCAUUUCAUCUGAUUUGGAGUGUUUGAAGCUCAGCUGGCCAAGGGUGACAUUGGAUUUUACACUCAGUUCCUCCAUGCUCAAUUCAAGGCCUAAAAAGGUCUACUUUAAGGCCUAAAAAGAAUGCAUUCACUGUUCGACUUUUAACCCUCCCUAAAGCAACCUUGCAGGAGUGUGGAGCAUUUGUUUUGGUUUUUUUAAGGGACAGCUUUAAGAAUAAUGUGAAGGCAAUCCUGCGCCUUUCUAGUUUCCUCAAGUUUUGCACAAGCAAAGCAGCCUUUUCAGUACUUCAGAAAGAUGCUGCACUCCGGCUUUUGGCCAGGGGAAGAAAGCUCCAGUUUACCUAAGCAGAGGAAAGAUAUAUACAGCUGUUUCCAAAGACAGAUGGAGCUUGGCUUCUGCAAACUGGGAAACUAUGGAAGGAACACAUGGAGGCCAGGAGUGGAAUAGUUGUGGCUGGGUAUUUUGUGAGUGCAAUGGCCUGCAUGUUUAGCCUGUUAGUGUAAACUAAUCCAGUUCAAUGGGACAAGACCCCCUAAGAGCUAUCCUGUUUCCCAGAAAAAGAUUCCAGCUCUGUUCCGCCCACACCACCCAGAUCUGACCUAAACAUGCACACAAAACACUCUCCUUGCUGG